AUGUUCCCACUCGAGAACGUGGGACCGAAGCUAGACCCGGAGGAGCUCAAGCACAAGACGCAUGAGGACAUGGUCUCCUUGGUCCACAACUUUCUACUCUAUGUGGCCCAGCUGCGAGUCACACCCUAUAUUUUAAAGAAGUUGGACAACAUGUGA